AUGGAGUACAUCACACCAAGUGCUCCACAACAGGGGCUGGUAUUAUGUGCUGAUUGCGGUACGCCAAUCACUCCAAACAAUGCAAAUUUAUGUCUAUCAUGCUUACGUGCAAGCGUUGAUAUCACAGAAGGUAUUCCAAAACAAUCAACAGUCAACUUUUGUCGUAACUGCGAACGAUAUCUCAAUCCUCCAAUCAGUUGGGUACCUGCACAACUUGAAUCGCGAGAGUUGCUGGCAAUCUGUCUAAAAAAGCUUAAGGGUCUCAAUAAAGUUCGUUUGAUCGAUGCUUCCUUCAUUUGGACAGAACCGCAUAGCAAACGUCUAAAGGUUAAAUUAACGGUACAAAAAGAAGUACUCACUUCAACAAUCUUGCAACAGAUUUUUGAAGUCGAAUAUGUCGUUCAGUAUGGUCAAUGUCCUGACUGUACACGAUUGGCAGCACAGAACACAUGGAGAGCACAGAUUCAAGUUCGUCAAAAAGUACCGCACAAACGUACUUUCUUGCUGAUUGAACAAAUGAUCCUCAAACAUAAUGCACACAAAGAGACUAUCAAUAUCGAAGAGAAGAAGGACGGAUUGAACUUUUAUUACGCUCAAAGAUCUCAUGCGAUAAAGAUGGUGGAAUUCUUGGCAAACAUUGCGCCCAUCCGUUCCCAGUCCAGUGCGACAAUCAUUUCAGCAGACGUUCACUCUUCAACACAGAACAACAAGUUCACAUAUAGUGUAGAGAUUGUACCAAUCUGCAAAGACGAGAUGGUCGUUUUGCCAAAGCGAUUGGCUAAAUCUAUGGGAAACAUUGGACAAUUGACACUUUGUUAUCGGGUAACGAAUUCGAUUCGUUUGAUGGAUCCCCUCACUCUACAAAUAGCAGAUGUAACUGCUGACAAGUAUUAUCGUGAUCCAUUUGAGAGUUUAUGUCAAAUUCCCGAGUUGGUGGAAUUUUUGGUGUUGGAUAUUGAACCUAGUGGACUAGUAAGCGCAGAUGGUAAAUGGCUUACUGCUGAUGCACAAGUUAGUCCUCUCAAUGCACAAUCAUUUGGCGAAGCAGAUGCCGUUUAUCAUACAAGGACACAUUUGGGAGCAGUACUGCAAGCAGGUGAUACAGUUUUAGGAUAUCACUUGGGCAAGUCUAACCUCAAUUCGGACAAUUGGGAUUCCAUUCCCGAUGAACGUAAGCCAGACGUUGUUCUUGUUAAGAAAUCAUACCCCGAUACCAAGAAACGCAGAACACGUCGUACAUGGAGAUUGAAGAGUAUGGCUAAAUUGGACGGAGAGACUGCCGAUGAAGGAAAAGCUGCCGUUGGAAGACGUGGUGGAUUGGAUGGACAAAAGGUACAAGCGGAUUAUGAAUACUUCUUACGUGAAUUGGAAGAAGAUGAUGAAAUGCGAAAAGGUGUUAAUCUUUAUCGUGAUCCAGCAGCGGAAGAAAGAAUACAGAGAAGAAGAGAACAUAAAGCAAUGUGGAAAGCAAGACAAGCGGCAAAAGCAUUGCAAAAAGAACAAGAUGGUACGGGUGAUGAAGUUAUGGAUGAAGCAGCUGAUGUAGAUGAUGGAAUGACUGAUGAUGGAUUCACAACAGACGGUGAAUCAGAAUUUGGUGAUGAAGUUCCCUCGGUUCCGAUUGAUGAACUUCUUGAUGAUUUCGAUGACAUGAACAUGGAC